UAAGCCGGCCCUCCGCGAAGUGGAUCCCCUCCCCACGGCAACACGGCUUCGCUUGCACAGCCAGGCGACAGGGGCUUCCCCUCAGCCGCCACCGGUCAAGCUCCGUCGGGUCCACGAUCUCCUGCCGCCAUGCAGUUUAUGUUGCUUUUUAGUCGCCAGGGAAAGCUUCGACUGCAAAAAUGGUAUGUCCCACUGUCAGACAAAGAAAAGAAAAAGAUCACAAGAGAACUUGUUCAAACCGUCUUAGCACGCAAACCGAAAAUGUGCAGCUUCCUUGAAUGGCGCGAUCUGAAGAUUGUUUACAAAAGAUAUGCUAGUCUGUAUUUUUGCUGUGCAAUUGAGGAUCAGGACAACGAAUUAAUUACCCUGGAAAUAAUCCAUCGUUAUGUGGAAUUACUUGACAAGUACUUUGGGAGUGUGUGUGAACUUGAUAUUAUCUUUAAUUUUGAGAAGGCUUAUUUUAUUUUGGAUGAGUUUCUUUUGGGAGGGGAAGUUCAGGAAACAUCCAAGAAAAAUGUCCUUAAAGCAAUUGAACAAGCUGAUCUCCUGCAAGAGGAAGCUGAGACCCCACGUAGUGUUCUUGAAGAAAUUGGACUGACAUAACUUCUCCCUUGUUGAUGACUUCUUGUGGCAUUUCACACUUGUAGAUGGCCACUGCCUUCAUGUCCAUGUUAGCUAACAGUGUAAGAUGAUGUCUUGUCAGUAUUAACUGUUUUGCUAAGCUGCUUCAUUCAGACCUAUACAAUUUUUUUAAAGGGAACUUUGGUGAAUCAAAGAUGAUAAAUUAAGGGACUUAAAUUAUGCAUUGGAACGUUAUAGGAAAGGAUUCCUUUUGGGGGUAUUUUAUAGAUCCAUUUCUCUUAGCUGAUUAUGUGCAUAUAUGAGAAUUAUAUCUGGAUAACAUAUUUAUAUCAAAAAAUCAUGCAAAAUAUUCAUACUACUGUUUGACCAAGAAAACUCAAAAUUCGAAUGUGAAAGUUGGUUUUAUGAAACCAAAGACUAGAUAGAGCACCAUUUCAACCUGUGUAAGAACAAAGGGAAUUUACGUGUUAGAUCAAAUGAAUGAAAAUUGAGCUACUGAAACUGUAAGCAAAAACCAAAUUUAUACCAAAGACCUAUAUUGGAUACUCCAUACAUUAAAACAAAAAGAAUAUCAAUUCUUUUAGAUGACUAGAUUGGAAUGUUAUUGUUUUCCACUAAAAAGUAUACUAUGAGCAAACAAGACAAGGGACAAAGAAUGUUCUAUAAUAGCACAUAAUGGUUACAAUGUCAAGGCACAUUUGAUUCCUGAGAUGAAUUUUUUAAGGUCCUAAUCAUUUACUUAGUUUGCUCUUGGUGGCCCCAAAUUAAGUGGGAGUAUCAGUUUGCCAAGAAUUUUUGGUAACAGACUCUUCUGGAAUUUGUUAAUGGCUCUUCUCAGUGUUGCAUAAAGUCAAUCUCGAAAGUACCAGUGUUCCUUACGGGGUGCUUGUUAAAAGCCAAAUUUAUUUUGCUUCUCUAUUGCCUCCUUCCAGUUAGAAGUACUAAGAACUUUACAGCAGCUUCCGUUCCUUCCACGGCAUUGCCUAGCGAUCAGAACAUAAAAAAGUUUAGAACCUUUUCAUGUUACAAAGUGAGUUGAAUGAAGUAAAAUGGCACUAGCUGGCGCUCUAUUUUUAAAGCUGUGUAACUGUUUGGCGUCACUUUCAUACAUUAAACGUGCUCAUGUUCACACUUGUAUAUGCUGGGCUGGAUCAAGCUUUGUUGUGAUUGUAAACAACAUUCAGACCACACUUGUCUUAUCACAUCCAGUUGUAAUAAAUGUUCACCAUAUAAACA